AGUAGAGCCAAAAUGGCGUCCGUGAUCCUUCAGUCUGGUGUGGGCUAGCAUGAAACCUACCCGAUUUACCCUGAAAUGACACAUUUCUGCUGUUAUUAGUCGGAUUACUCAAUUCUAUCAUCAAAAAGAAUCGGCGUUAUCCUCAAGAGGACGCGUUUUGAUGCUGUGAGGAGGAGAUGGCGGGACGCAGAGUGGAGUGUUUGUGGAAGCGUCACGUUGUGGAGCAGCUGAAGCAGAGAGACAGAGUACAGCGUCAGGCCUUUGAGGAGAUCAUACACCAAUAUAACCGGCUGUUGGAGAAGUCUGAUCUUCAGGUUGUUUUUUCUGAACGUCUCCAAACUGAGAAAUAUGAGCAACAGAACAGACACGACCUCAGUCCGUGUGUGGACGGCGGGCGCAGUGAUUCUCUGCAGCAGGAAAUGUCUCAGAUGCGGAUCAGACAUCAGGAAGAGCUGACGGAGCUCCACAAGAAAAGAGGAGAGCUGGCCCAGAGUGUGAUUGAAUUAAACAACCAGAUCCAGCAGAAAGACAAAGAGAUCCAGAGUAACGAAGUCAAGAUGCAGGAGUAUCUGCAGCAGAUCUCGCAGCUGGAAGGAGAGUGUCGUGAGCUCAGGAACUGUCUGGCGGAUUUGGAACGAGCCAAUCAGACGCUGCGAGACGAGUACGACGCCCUGCAGAUCACGUUCAGCGCUCUGGAGGAGAAACUGCGCAAAACCACCGAGGACAAUCAGGAGCUGGUGACGCGCUGGAUGGCGGAGAAAGCCCAGGAGGCCAACAGACUCAAUGCUGAGAACGAGAAGGACUCCAGACGCAGGCAGGCAAAGCUGCAGAAGGAACUGGCAGAUGCAGCAAAGGAGCCGCUUCCUAUCGACCCAGAUGAUGACAUCGAGGUUCUCACAGAGGAUGCUGGGAAGGCAACGGGUGAAACGUCACCGAGCAGACAGCUCAGUCGCACACCCAGUAAACGGUUGUCUCAGCCCCCUCCUCCCGCAGGACUGCUGGACUCCAUCUCUAAUAUGUUUGGAAGACGUCGCUCCGUGAAUUCGUUCAGCUCGUCUCCUGAAAACGCAGAAGUGCCGUCGGCGUGUGCGGAUGUGCGUGUUCCCUCCACUGCACUCCACAUCUUUGACGCUCAUGAUGGAGAAGUGAACGCUGUGA